AUUGGUCCGAUGUCAAGCAGGUCAACAAUCCCAACGAAAGCUGUAAAAAAGUCUAUCAAACGUGAAGAUGGACGCGCCAACAACUCGUUUAGUUGCUGCAACCAUUAUCACCGGAACCACCACUAGGCUUGGCAUCCGAAUCGCGGCGUGUAAUUAGUGCUUACUUCAGGGGUGCGAUUGUAAUUAAGCGAGAAAAACUCUCAGACGAAGCAGCCGACUGACUGCUGAGAGGUCCGAUUACCGGCGGCGAAGUCUGAUCGAUCGGAAGUCGCGAUGGCCGGUCGCACCGACCAGUUAGAAUCUACCGUCGAUGGUGUGUUGGAGACGAUCAUGGAGAAGUUUCACGGCCACGAUUCGACGUCGUUUGACUACGACACUUCCUCGUCUUCCAUCAAAUCCAAUAUGUAUCGCGCCUUCGGAAGGGAGAAGCCUCCCUUCGCUGACGGAAAAUCAGCUUCUGAUGUGUUCAUGUGGAGAGACAAGAAAGUUUCUGCUUGUGUGCUUGGUGUAGCCACUGCGAUUUGGGUGCUGUUUGAACUUCUUGAGUACCACUUGCUGACUUUUGCGUGCCAUGUUAUAAUCUUUAGUCUGUCGAUUUUUUUCCUCUGGUCGAAUACAUCUACCUUAAUGAACAAAUCUCCACCUCAAAUUCCAGAACUUGCACUUUCUGAGGACAUUGUCCUGCGCAUUGCCUCUGCCCUGACAAUUGAAAUCAACGGAGUUAUUGAAAUCUCCCGAGAUAUUGCAUCUGGGAGAGAUUUGAAGAAAUUUCUUGCUGCAAUUGUUUUCUUGUGGGUUCUUUCAAUUGUGGGGAGUUGCUGUAGCUUCCUGACCUUGUUCUACAUAUGUUUUGUUUUUCUGCAUACGGUGCCUGUGCUUUUUGAGAAAUAUGAGGACCAGGUUCACUCCUUUGCUGAGACAGCAGAGUCUGAGAUCAAGAAGCAAUAUGCAUUUUUUGAUGCCAAGGUUUUAAGCAAGAUUCCGAGACGCCCAUUGAAAGAGAAGAAGGUGGCUUAGAGACGGCGGAGGUGGUUAUACUGGAUUCACAUUGACGUGGUCAACUGUGCGUUUCCAAUUAGUUGUUGUGAUGAUAUAGCUGGUAGAACACCCUUGUUUAUUGGCUAUGCUUUUCAUACGUUUGGGUUCACAAUUUAAAUGAAUAUGGCAUUAUCAGAGAUGAUUCCAAGUUUUAGGUCUUGUUUGUGCCAGAAUUUUUGUACCGAUGGGAGACCCACAUGAAUUAUAUAGAUAUUUAUGGUUUGAAUAAUGAAUUAUGACAUUUAUUUGUGUUGUCUUGUGAUUCA